AUGGAGGCUAUAGAGUCUGGAAUCGGCGCACGUGUCGCCUGGGGGCAUGGCAGAAGCACCGGACUCUUGCUGAAUGCCAUCCACACACCUAGCCCCCAAGAAGCUGAAUUUAGUGGCACAACGAUAGCGACAGCACAACGCGCUGUGGUUUUUCCCUCGCCGACCGAGGUGCGUGUCACGAAAAAUGGCAGAAUCUCGGCAACGGCUCCUCGACCAUCGGCAGUCAUAGCACAAGCCCUCAAAUAUCCGGACAUACCACAAAACAUACCAAAUGACUUGAUUGAAAUCCCUACAUCAGGCAUAGAUGCAUCUCCUAGCCCGUUUGACCGCGUGCUGACAUCACAAAUACCAACGUAUCCAGUAAUACCGCCACUUCAGUCUUCCAGUAUGCUGAACAAUACACCUCGGGCUUAUGCCAUUAGUAUGUCUCCAAGCAAACGUUUGCCAGGGUCAUCGGCCAUGAAGCUCACUACUGUACUUGAGCACAAGCCACCGACGUAUCAGCCUGCGCGGAUAACAGCUACAUACAGUGCCGAGACGCUGGACAUCUUUGAGAGCGACAGCUUCGCUGGAGAAAAUGACGGCGUCUCUAGCUUCCUCGAAGUCACCACACAAGACAGAUGUUCGCGCACAUCGACCAUGUCCUCGGUGCUAUCAGCAGAGUCACACCAGGCCCCUGGGGCCAUUUACAUUCGCCCGUCGGCGCAGCUACAGAACAUGCAGUCCAUGAGUGACCGCGAUGCAAGGCUAGAGGAGGCUGCGAGGUACUACCGCCCCGGUGUUGGCUGGACAGUAGGCCGAGCGAAUACUUCGGGGGUCUACACGCCCACCGGAACCCCUGAAUCCAUUUCCAACAUUCCACUCCAAAACCAUGUGUACCAAGCGCAUUCGAAUCUCAACCGUUCUCUCCGACCAAUCCAAGAUAUUUCACCCAGUAUGGGCAUACACAACUGGGCCAAAUCGAGCGAGUGGGUGGAGCCCUGCAAUACAGGCGAAGGACCAACCGAAUGGAUCGAGGACUUUCUGAGCCGCAAAGAGCAGGCAGACCGCGAAGAGGAGGAGAAGAUGCGUAACGAGAGGAAAGAAAAGAUUGCCGUUAUGCGCGGGAACAGCAUUGGCAAAUUCCGGAGAAGGCUCAGUUUGAAACGGGGUACAGAGGAGAGGAGAAUACGAAGAAGCGGAGAAGCACGAUGGGAAAGCACAGACAUUGCCAACAUUCCGGAGAGGCCACGAACAUUUUCUUGGGACCUGGAUACGCAUGAAGAUAUUGGAAGAGACGCUUUGCCUGAUUCAUCAGGAUCAGAUGGCACACCGUCGCCGCCGCCCUUGUACCACUCUGAAAAAAGAUUUCACAGGUUACCUUCGACGCCCUAUCGCCGGGGCCACUCCCAAGCUUUCUGCGACCCCUUUGCCUCAACACCCGCCACGCCCGCCACACCCGCUACUAUUACCAACCGCGACUUGCAGCACUGCCACAAAAGCGGUUCAAAGAGUACACCGCAAACGCCGCGACACUCAUCAUAUGUCUGUCGCACGCGAACAAGCAGUUUGCCCAAGCUACGAUUCAGAUCCGUAUCCUUGACUAGCGCAGACGUGAAAAGAAGCCUCUCGACAAAUGUCAUCCCUGCGUUUGCAGAGGGAAGAAACAGUGUCCAUGGAUUUGUGGACAAGGUGGAGAAGCUGGGUGGCGGGUUGACGCGAGGACUCAGCACAAGGAUUAAAUUCGGGCUUAAAGGCUUGAGAGGCGGCGAUGCGGUCAAGCAGUAA